UCCUUUCCGCAUUCCACAUCUGAUUUCUGAGUUGUUCAUCAUUUUUUAUCGUUUGCAUUUGUUUUGAUCAAUACACCCGGGAGAGGUGCCCGCUUGCACAAGUGGAAAUUUGCAUAUACACACAUUCAUACACAUAUACAGUCAUGGUUCUGUUAAAGAGAUAUUACUGCGCCGAGACGGUGGACGGCGACACGGAAUGUUUUGUCGAAGAUGGGUUCUGGUACACAGAGAAAGGCAUCAUCAUCAAAUGGAUCAUCUUCACCCUCUUCUUCAUCAUAUUCUUUGGCUGGUUCGUCGGCGGUCGCAUCCACGCAAAGAGACGGUUGCGAAAGGGUCUUCCGCUGCUGUCGUAUCACCGCUUCCUAAUCUCCUACUCGGAACGCCAACGCCACGGUCAAGUGCCCCAAAACCACUUUACCUUCUACCAAACACAAAACCCCUACGGCGCCCCCAACAACGCCGCAAAUCCCCAGUACACGCAGCGUCAAGACGGCGCGUGGUCGGAACCCCCGCCACUGUAUCAAAACAACGAUGCCCCGCCCCAGUAUUUCGCACCACAGGGCCCUGCAAAGACGACUCCGAACCAGUAUGCCAUGGAAAUGGGACAGUACGGCGGACCACCGAUGGCACCAGCGCAGACUGGACCCCAACAGAGCGGGGUGGUAGGCGGUGCUUCUGCUACGUCGGAUGUUGAGCAAGGGCAAGCAUCAUCUCAGCAAUUACCGCCCCGACCAGCUCAAGCAAAGAUCAUGGGCGUCUUGGGUCGAUUUAGGCGGUAAAACUUAGUCCCUCAGCGGAGAGAAGACGAAAAAAAAACAUUAUGAAAGUUUCUAUCCGUGCAUAAGAAAUAUGUUAUUGAGAGAAUUCAAAGAGAGUGUGUGACUGGAUCAUGCCCCGUGUAUUCUUUUUUGGGAGUGGGGGAGGGGAUAAGUCUUUGUACAAAAAAAGACGACAAUUGUAAUCAAAGGGGGUGAGAUAUGAGAUGUGGGGAG